CGGGCACACACGCCAACAGCUGGUGAACCGUGCGCAGGUGCCGGAAGACCGCGCACCUGCGCCGGGGAGCUGAGCACCUUCAGACGGGGCAGGGCCUAGCCCGGUCGGCGCUUCCACCACUUCAGAGAAGCGCCGGCGGGGCGAAGGCGAGCGGACGAGACGGAGUUCACCGCGCUGGCGGUACCCCGGGGCGGCCCGGCCCGGCCCCCCGUCCCCAGCGCCCGCGGAGCGGGGCCGCGCCGGGCCAUGGCGGAGCGGGGCUGCGCCCGUGCCGCGCAGGGGGGACGCGCCGGGGCGGGCAGGCGCGCCGUACCCGCACCAGAGGCAGAGGGGCCGCGGGGAAGCCGCACCGUGCCGGGGUCGCUGGAGCGCCGGCGCUGCCUGUACCUGCGCACGGGCCGGGCCUGCUGCCAGAUGGUGGAGGUCCUGCUCGCCGCCCUGAUCCUGGUCUGCAGCUCCGUGUCCUGCGGCUCGGCGGGAGGAUACACCGGCCUCCCCGCCCUGGGGGGCAUCUACUACUACCAGUACGGCGGGGCCUACAGCGGCUUCAGCGGAGCGGAUGGGGAGCGAGCCCAGCAGCUUGACCAGCGUUUCUACCUGCUGAAGCUGCCCAUUGCAAAGGCAGCGAUGGUCGUGGGAGGAUGUCUCCUGGUCUUCCCGUGUGUUCUAAUUUUGGUUGGUGUUCUGCAGGUCCCGUGGCACUUCCCAGCAUGGCUGCUAAUUGAAUGCACCUUGCACAUAGUGAUUGCAGUUGGCACAGUGCCUGCUCUCUACUAUUUCCUCCAUUCUCUGCUGAGCGUUUAUAAUUCAUCAGUGUGCAAAGAGAGAGAGCAGCUUUAUCAAAGCAAAGGCUAUCAGGGCUUCUGGUGCAGCUUGCAUGGGGCAGAGAUUGCUGCUGGUCUAUUGGGCUGCAUGGCUGCCAUGGCAUACCUGCUCAGUGCAGGCCUAGCUGUCAGAGAUUAUAGGACAGUUCAUGAACAGAAACAGAAGCCACUGCAAUUAUAAAACUCAAAUGAUUCCUGCACUCCAGUAAUGGUCUUGAUUUUUGCCAGUCUCGUUACUGAGAUGAAGCAGUAUGCUUUCCUUUCUUCUGGACAGUACAGCCUUAAUGCUACAGAACACCCACCAAGCUGGCAUAGUUCUAAAUAUGGUAGAGUCAGGUUAUUCCUAACUUGAAUUUGCACUAUUGAGUUAUUAGUGGCUCAAAGCUGAUGCAGUGGAUUGUCUCUGCUUUGCUACAAGUACUGCCGCUACAUGCUUCUGUCAAUUAACACCUUUUUGUAGCUGAAACUGUCUUUACAAAAGGCAUGUGACUCUGCUGAGAAAAGAGCUCUUAAAAACAAGUGACUGAGGCCCAUGAUUGUGACAGUUAAAUAUUGCUUCCUUGUAGGUCUCUUGGAAUUAACAGACCAGUGUGAACAUGACAUUUAUAAGGCCAUGAAAAAAUCCUGAAAAAACCUCUCAAACUCAGUCUAACUUGUGAUACAACGCCUUUUCAAAUUCCUGGAGAGGGUGCAUUUAUGUAUAAAAUGGUCUUUUUAUAUAACUUGUAUAUAAGACUUUUGCUUAAAAAGAUGCCCUAGAUUGGGAUAAUCAGACAAAAGCUUUAGGAGGUAAAAUUGGUGAUUCAAUAUAGAAGUAUAUUGUUUUCAAAAUACAUUUUCAAUGUAGAAGUUGGAGAAAUGAGAUGCUGCUCUUAAUUUUUUUUUUUAGAAAAACUUUUAUAGGAAGUUUAACUGGGAAAAAAUCACCAACUCAUGUCUCAAAAUGAAAUGCCACUUCAGAGCAGUGUCCAUUGUGUGGAUUGUUCAUAUGAGGCUGGAACCACCACAGUCUCACAGAUAAGUUCUGUCCAUAUUAAAAAACUAAAUAUACCAGAAACGUGCUUUGCCUUGGACAUAGCUCUUCUUUCACUGGCACCAGUGACUAAAUCCUUACAAUUACCAAAACCAUGGAACACUAUUAGAACUAGAGACACUAAAGUAAAACAGAUGCCAAGUAGGAACACACUAUGUGCUUUUUGGGGUUCGCUUUUUUUUUGCCUUUUAACAUCAAGUGUCUCAGCACAGGGAUUUACGUAGACCUGUUUUUGGAUUUACAGGACUGUUGUCCUGUUUCUGCUAACAUUUCUGUAUUUCCUCUUGUUGCAGCUACUUCUAGAGCUGUACAGUGCUAUUGAGAGCAAGUUCACAGGGCAGCAUUCCUCUAGCAGGAAACAGAAAGCUGCCUUAAUAACUGGUAAGCCGAAUUCCACCCUCACAGUGUUCUGAAAGAAGUUUUUGUAUGGAAGGCUGAUGAGUGAAGUAGCACAUAGAGCUCAGUGAAUAACCUGCAGCACAGCUGCUGCUAGACACAGCUACCUUUGAAUGGGAUAUUGCAGAGAUUUUUUCCAGCACAGUAACAGAAUCAGAAUAAGCUGUUAGAUGAAAGUAAAAAUCUUUAUUGCUAAGUCAGCUGAAAAUUCAAUGCAAAAAUACUCUUCCUUCAUCAACUUCUCUAUACAUCUGAAUAAAGAAUCAGUGGACUAGUGUUUUCCAACAAUCACGUUAUUUGCCUUUCCAAAGCAGUACAUAGGCCACAGUGCUGAGGGCACAUUCAUUGGACAACCUACUCCCACACACUAUAAAAACAGGGAUCAUUAUAGGUGCAUGCUAGAGUGGGAUACAGAAAAUACUCUCCUUUUUAAAAACAAAAAAAAAGCAUGAAAAAGGAUUAUUUAGUAAACGGUUGGUACACUGCAAUAGUUAACAUGCGCCAGAUCAUAUUAAUAAUUUUAAAAAGGUAACAUUUUAAAAUGUGAAAAAAGAGGAAAAAUACAGUUGAGUCUUUAGAAGAGCAAUAGAACAGCAGACAAUGAUUGCACAAGACCAAAGAGGUGAUCUGCCUGAAGAAAGGCCUUUGGCAAGUGACACAAAAGCCACCAGCAUCUGUCUGGAAGGAGUGCAGAAACCCCACAGGUCCAAAGCCUUAGGUGUGGCUGAAGGUCCUGUGUACUACAGGAAAGCUUUUAGACUUCACAGCAGCUUGUCCCUGAGAGAGGAAAAUACUUCCUCCUCCUUGGAACAGGAUGUUACCCUCCCAUCUAACUGAAGAUUGCAGUCUGAUAUGAGCAGUCUGUGAUGCUGCUUCCACUGGGCCUUGUUCUGGGGGCAACAUGGAGGCUCUUACCUUUAACACCUGGGCCCCCACUACCCACCACUCAAUACAGAAGCCUUUCUGGACAGGACAGGACAAGAGCAGUGCCUUCAGAGUACCUGUCUCAGCAAGCAUGCUUAUCAGCAGAGCCAGAAUUACUGAAGAGAUGGACCAGCAACCUCCUCAGCUUCACUUGGCUGUGGCUACGUGCAGUGUGGGAGGGCUUGCAUUGCUCAGCAGGGACAAAAUAGCCAGAGGACCUCAAGGUGAGAACCCCUCUCUAACAGAAAGUCUGCAAGUGAGUGGGACAUUCUCAGUGAUGUGGUUAUGUGAUGAUCACAUAGUAUCUCUGUAAACUCUGUAAAAUCAGGGAAGGGACUGGAGAACAGGAAGAUAAUUGGGAAGACACUUUCUAUACCCUGCUAUGAGUCCUUCAGUAGACUGCCCAUUCAUACCUGUUCCACCUACAGCAGUGCUCCUUGGGAGCUUGAAAUCUAAGGUAGUGUUAAUAAAUAAAGUAGGGCAGACACAAAGGGAGGAAGGAAAACAAAAGGUAAUGGAGGGAAGCACUCUGUUCUGUGAGUUGUCCUCACCAGACAGAUGAAGAUAACCCAGCCACACCACUGUCUGACCAAUGUCAGAAAAAAACCAAUUUCUUUGGAUGACAGUGACCUUGAAGCGUGUCUCAGCAGUUGGAAUCUUUUGUUAGAAAAUCCAGGACAUCUGCAUGAAAAAAUUACGCCAGUGUCUUUGCUGACACCCAAAAGUGGCCUAGGAAAAAGCAGCACUUUCUGUGAUGAACAGGCACUAUUUUUAAUGCAUGAAAAAGAUUUUGGAUGACUGGAGAAAAAGCAUCACAAUGCUGUGGCUGAAAUGGAAAAGGAAAAGCUUAAUCCUUGGAAGAAGCACAUGGAAAAUAUGCAAAAGCUGCUUGAGGACACCAGCGCUUGUCUUAGUCAAAUAAAGAAACACUAUUUGGAACAGCUAAAGUCAACUCAGCCUGUGCUGCCCAGAGUCCAUAAUACCAGCUUCACAGAAAUCUGUGGAUUCUUCCUGGAAUGUAAGAAAGAUAACAAGCCAUGUCUUCCAUGACAGUUCACACCCAUAGAAAAUAGGAGCUGGCUGUAUUUAAACUCCCUUUCUGCUUCAAAACCAGAAACAGCACUGGAGAAAAAGUCAAAGUAGGCAUUCCUUCUGUUCCAUUCUGCCACUACCUCCAAGAGGUACAGUUCAGAAAUCUGCAUGCUCUGUUGCAGAGCUGUGUUUUUCUUAUUCCUUCAACACUGAGAUAGGUAGAGCCAUUCAUUACUAACUCCUUGUGGCAAUUCUGCAUGCAAUAGUACUGAUUCAGACUGGCAAGGAUACACUGGACUUUCCAUAUCAGUGCAAGAAAUAGAGACCUGAUUUGCAUUCAUACAUGCUACUCAGAGUGCAGGACUUGUCAGAGUCUUACUCAGAAAUAAGGGUUUCUGCAUCAGUCCCUGAUCAUCAUACUGAAUGGAGGCUGUUCCACAGCCCUUUCAGAUAUCAGAAACUGUGAGGCUAGGCACAGAUAUUUGGUAAAAUUAUCACCAGUAACAGAAUCAAAAGUUGCAGCUGAAUACAUUGGGAUGGGGUUUAGCAUUUGAACCUUUUCUGCUGUUUCUCCUCUGCCUAAAGGAUUCAAAUCCUUGUUUCUGUGACUUUAAGAGUUAGCUUCAACCUCCAGUUCCAAAUGAAAUAAGCAUUUAAACAACCAAAAAUUGUGAGAGUUUAAACUUUGCAAAAAGUUGGGUUGUUUCAUGAUUACAAUCCUAAAAUGUUGCUCCUCGUGCGUGACAGAAAUACCUUUUUUUCUUAGUGAGAAGAAAUUCAAGGUGCUCUGAAAUCUCAGUAAAAUUCCAUUAGAUUUUGUCAAAAGAUCUAUAUUGACAGAAUUUCACAAACAGUCUGCACAGUAUUUCCUUCUGAGUAAGGCCCAAAUUUGAUCCAAAAAUAGACAACUCAAGCCCCUCAGAUCUCUUCAGAAGAAACGUUUAUGUUUUCUUCAUAAAUAUAUAAUUAAUGAAGAAAAGGCACUAGCCCACAUCACAGUCAGGAUUAUUGCACCACUGACAUGACAGGGACAGCUGCUAUCCAGCUCUGUCAGGAAGGAAGACAGAUCUGCAUGCUACAGAGGCAGUGACGUCCACAACCCUUAUACAAGAUGACAACAAUUGCAGCCAACUUACACCCUGCACCAAAAAUCCUAAUGGAAACAAGGCAUCUGAGUGCAGACUAGCCAGUUCAUCAUUAGUGGGACUGUUUUAAACAUCUUUUCAGUGCUGAUAAAAAUGUGAGUAAGAUGAAAAGUUUAAUUUUUGCUUUUGUGCUGAAGGCUUAGCAGGAACAAGUACACUUUCACCUUGUUUGUGGCCAAAUUGGGCACAUACCAUGAAAUGCUGGUUGCUGUGUAUUUGGAAUAUGACUCCUGCUUCUAGAGGCAAGCAAAGAUGCUGUAGCUGACAAUGCAGAGGCUUAUGUUGACAGAAAAGAGCACUGGAUGCUUCUGCCAGUCUUACAGCACACCAUUGUUUACAGCUUAACUCUUCUGACUGACCACUGAGACAAGCACAAGCUCCUGGCUUUAUCCCAUGACUUCUGUAGAGGAAGCUUCUACUGUGAAGCAUCCAUGAUGAAGGUGGCCAGGCUGCUGCUGAGGUGGGUCUGUGCUCUGCAGCUAGAACCACUAGAUCUACACAUUGCCUUAAUCAACCAGUCCUGAUCUUUUCUAUGCUCCAUAUAAAAUGCAUCGGUUGGCACCUGCUUAUCACUCAGCUAUGUGUUUUCUCAUCCUGCACAGAAUGAUCCCAUCAUAACCUUCACUCUCCCCUACACCAGUGCCCAUCAGAACACUGGUACCCUGAGUCCUCCACUAUCCUAAGAACAUCCAUUGGGAAAAGUCCACAGCAUACCUGCUGUGGAGUGCUUUCUCCCCUAACCCUAAAUAAUAAAGUGCUGGGCUGAAAGGGAAAAGAACAGCUUCAGUGCAAUAAAUAAAAGUGCUUGCAAUUAAUGUAGGAAA